CUACACAUUAACUGCUAUGAAUGUAAAGAAAAAUUAUCAUUGAAUUCAGUAUCUAACUGAUUAUUACCGUGUAAGAAUGUCCAGCAAAAUAUUCGUUAUCAGUCGCUUAAUUUUCACUUAUUUCUUGGUAGCGGAAUGUGCAAGGGUGAAACGCGUGGUAGGAGGAUAUGAUGUGCCUUGCGGCACAUUCAAAAAUGUGGCAUCGUUACGGAAUGCUUCGCUCCAGCAAAUAUGCGGCGCGAUCAUAAUUUCUCCAGACUUUGCCCUGACUGCAGCGCACUGUGUCCACGGCAAUAGUAAUUUUACUCUGAGUUUCAACAACUACUGCAUCGGCUCAGAAGAUACAUACCCGACAGCUCAGGUGCUGGAUAUAAUUACACAUCCUCAGUACGAUAAGGCCUCCAGCGCUCAUGACAUCUCCGUCUUAAGGAUAAGCCACAAUUUGUCCGACGUAAGCUGGCUUAAUGAUACAAUUCUACCGUCAUUUAGUUUCGGCAUUACAGGUGAAUGCACGAUUUAUGGCUACGGCUAUAAAGAUGUCAGCGAGCAAGUAUCCGAGAUACUUGUCGCUGCCAAAGUCUUUAUACUGUCCCUAGACCAGUGCAUACAGUUGUUGGGCCAGUAUGUCGCUCCACUACGAGACAGCGGGAUGAUAUGCGCCUCAGGCGGCAACUCCGACACAUGUCAGGGUGAUUCCGGCGGUCCAUUGAUGUGUGAUGGGAGACUGCAAGGGAUCAGUAGCUACGGCUUAGCCUGCGGCUUGGCAGGAGUACCUGGGGUUUACGUCAGUAUAGGACCCCACUUGAACUGGAUACGUAACAUUACUAAUAUUUUAUGAAGCUGGGGUAAUAAAAUUAACUACUUACAUAAACUCAAUUUACAUGCUAUCAUAUAUAUACAUCAAUAUCAGCAUAACCUAUUUAAAUUUUAAAUUAUACAUACAUUGUUUUGUAAUUUUUAUUUAAAAAAUACAGGUUCUUAUGAGCCCCGAAUGAUUAAUCUUUCAAAGAUAGGUACUAGGUAUUAAAUAGGUAAAUAAAAAAUAAAAUUGGACCAUAAUUGCCAUUUAAUAAACAACCAUUUUUUCUAAACAUCAUAUGCAUCUUAACCUAAUCCAGCCAGACUCCUUUAUACCAGCAAAGCAUUGUAUUUCAGAAUAGAAUUACACAUUUUACUUAGAGUAAAUAACUGUAAUGUAUAUAAUUAUAUGAUCUUAAUGACGGCACUCCAUGUAGAUAAAGAUUCGAAUAUGAUGUGACUAAACCUCAUUGGCCAAAAAACGUUGAUAUAAAUUGCUAUGGAAUAAUGAUGCUAUGAAAUAUCGUUCUCACCACUUGGAUUCAUUAAAAAAUCUACCCAAUAAAGUCAUUAACCCGUAUAUAAAAUAAUCUUUUGCAAUUGCCUGCAUCUGAUAAGAUGGCAAUACUAUGUUGCAAUAAAAAUAUUAAGGCAAAUGUCCAUUCAUUACCGUAUAGAUCAGAGUAAAAAUAUUUAGUCUGAUCCACGCCUUUUAAAACGUGACACUUAUGUACAUGUUACAUAGUAUACGAUUAACAGGCAACAUUGCAAUCUUACUUCGAAAACUACUACCUACUCUGAUAUAUAGAAACAUCACAAAUAUGGCAUUAUAUAUAUAUAACAAAUACAAACUUUGUAUAAUAUCAAUCUAUAAUAAUUAUAAUAAAUUAAAACAAUACGCAACUCAAUUGCUUACGCGCCUAAAUAACAUAAAUGUAUUGUCAGUCAAAAUUAUUCAUUUAUAUGUAUAAUGUAAGAAACAAAUAUGUCAAUUAUUGCCCGAGGUCAAGAAAAUGGCUACUUUUUAUUUUAGUUAGAGCAUAAAUAUUUUUAAGGUACAAAAUUUGAUAUUGUUAAUGUUUUAGUAUCAUCACUGUCAUAUUUGUAUAUACAAAUAGUAUGAAUAUAAUUUUAGUGCAAAUUUUUCUACGAGAAAUCGAAUAAUUAUCUCCGCAAUCUUAUGACGAUAGAUGAAAAAUAUUUCAAUUCCUGUCGGCUCUGUUACAUUGUUUUCUUAAGUUAAUAAUUUUUCGCUAUAAAUAUUUUUUUUAAGAAAAGUUGUCCAGUUUUCAGUACAGAAACCACAACCGAAAUAUAAGUGAAGAUUGUGGAUUAAAUUGUGAAAACCUUGUAUGAUCAAUAUUUUCUAUCACUUAUUUUGUACUACACAAAAUAUUGUUUGGGGCCAUAUGAAUGCACGUACUUAUGUCAACGUUAAUAUAUCAUAUCAUGUAUAAUUCAAUACAAUUUCUACUUUUUCGUAAGGCAAACCUUAAUUACUACUAAAUUAUAUAAUUAAACCAAUCCAUCAUUCCGAACUUAAGCAAGUACCUGUGUCCAAUUUUCCUAAAAAUUUGCAUGAAAAAGUAUCUAACUCCUUUAACUAUUGUCAAUAAAUGGGCGUACUUAAGUGUACUUAUUAAUUAUCUAUAUAAAUGAAAGCUUGACGUUAAAACAAAAUCCUUUCCCCGCAUAUAUUAUGUACAUAUAUACCGUAUAAUCGGUAAAUAAUAAAUACUAAAUAAAUACGAUUCAAUAUUUUGUAGCUUUUUAAAGGCUUGCCUGUCUCUCGAGCCUACUUUGUAUAUUAAUCAUGCAAUGUUUAUUGGUGGUGUCUUGCAGUGGCCUAAUUAAGUUGACGUAAAACCUUAACACGAACUUCCAAUAUAUGGCGGUCACACACACCGCCUUAUAAAGGGAUAGGUAAAACUAUGAAACUAACACAAUUUUGACUAGGUGGCGUCUACUGAAAUGCAUAUAUUGAAUAGGAAUCUAAAAUUUAAGAUAUCUCUAAUAGAAAAAGGCAACAUCUAAAAGCAACAGAUACUUAUCUACAUUUUGUUCAAAAAUUUUGUAGAGAAACUAACCCUAAUUUCACAAGGAAGAAAUUUACUAUCAAACAAUGGAAAUAAUUACAUAGAUUUGAGAAAGGGUUGAAAAUA